UUGGGUUGAAGAAUUGGCUAAAAAUAUUGAUGCUGAUUUAUCAAGAAUACAAUACGUAACAAAUAAUUUUAAACUUUCCUUAAUAAAAUUAUCUCCAGAAGGACAUUUACCUGAAUGGAGAGAAGAAAGAAAUAGCUGUGUAUAG